CAAUAGAUUGCAGAAACCGGCGGAAGGAGUAAUUGGGCGAAGAACUGCUCGGGUUGCUUAAAAAGAGAGGGAGAUGGAAUUCAAGAGCUCUGACGUGAAUCUAUGGAAGGAAUCCUUAUCGGCGUACGAAAGCAGAAUCGAGUCCAUUGGUAAGCCGAAUCUUGUUUCGCUAGACCAGUUCUAUUGCAAAGAACUACCGCCUCUCAUUCGCCAAAGGAACCCUAAUCCCCAUAUCACCACUCCUGAGCUAUCCAAGCUCAUGCAAUGGAAGCUCACUCGCGGGAAAUGGAGACCACGUUUGUUGGAUUUUGUAUCAUCACUGAAUGAGGAUACUGUGAUUUCUGCUUCGCAAAAAGCUUUCAAAUCCUUACCCGACGUUUCAAAAGCUAUUUCUGAGCUUACAGUCUUGAAGGGUGUUGGACCUGCAACUGCAUCUGCUGUUUUGGCUGCUUAUGCGCCUGAUAUUGCACCUUUCAUGUCCGAUGAGGCAAUGGUGGCAGCUCUUGGGAACUCAAAAGAAUAUACAUUGAAAAAGUACCUUGUGUUUGUGGACAAACUUCAAGCAAAAGCAAAGGAAUUAAGCGUAGAUGAGGAGGAGGUGUUCACACCCUCGGAUGUAGAGAGAGCUUUAUGGAGUUGUGCCAUAGGUGCCAAGGCUGUAGCAUCACCUAAAACUAAAAGUGAUGUUAAUAAUUCAAGCAAAAAGAAGAGGAAGCGCUGACUACUCUAAUCUAAUUAGCGGCUAACAAGUAACUCAACUUAAUCCUGUAAUGUUCACACCUUAAGCCUGGCUUUUGUUUUAAGGUAGGUACUACUGGACUGGUGUUUCUCAUUCCCUUGUAAUGCUGUUAUGUAUUUAUGUAUGUCUUUUCUUUAAU